AUGCUUGACAUGUGCAUGGCCCCCCAUGCUUCCGGUACAACUUGGACAUUGAUCGACUUUCUCUCCAGACCGCUGCAGAAGACUUCCGCUUUGGUUGGUGGCCAUGGCAGGGUGCCUGGCGCAGGCACUUCGGAAGGCCAGGCGUUCGGGGCCAGCGGGGCAACGCUUGGUGCAGAGACCCCAGAGCUCGGGUGGCUCGAGGGCGGUUGCGGGUUCAGGCAGACCUUGACGAAACAGCGAGCGCAUGUCGGGGUCAGCAUCAAAUAUCCAACAAAUCGGUUCCCAACGAAUUCCUUGAAGCUGAAAACACGAGACUCGAAGCACUGCCUCAUUGACGUUGGGUCUCUGGGCGUGGCUUAA